GGGAAGCCGGUGGGAACGCCAGAUGCUGGCGCCUAUUUCCGCGUGCUCGCGGAGCACGGAGUGGCUGCCUUGUUCACGGCGCCGACGGCAAUCAGAGCGAUCCGUCAGCAGGACCCCGGGGCAGCCUUGGGGAAGCAGUACACUCUGACAAGGUUCAAAACACUAUUUGUGGCUGGAGAACGAUGUGACGUGGAGACACUGGAAUGGUCCAAAAAGGUCUUCAGAGUACCUGUGCUAGACCACUGGUGGCAAACUGAGACUGGAUCCCCAAUUACAGCAUCUUGCAUUGGAUUGGGUAAUUCUAAAACACCUCCUCCAGGGCAAGCAGGAAAAAGUGUUCCAGGAUACAAUGUUAUGAUUUUGGAUGACAACAUGCAAAAACUGAAGCCUCGGUGUUUAGGAAACAUUGUGGGGUAUUAUGACACCAUGGAUGCUGGGUACAUGGAUGAAGAAGGCUACGUUUAUGUUAUGUCUCGAGUUGAUGAUGUGAUAAAUGUUGCAGGUCACAGGAUUUCUGCAGGUGCUAUUGAGGAGUCUAUCCUUUCCCUUGGCAUUGUGGCCGACUGUGCUGUUGUUGGGAAGGAAGAUUCUUUGAAAGGUCAGAUCCCAUUAGCCCUCUGCGUGUUGAAAAAAGAUAUAAAUACAACAGAGGAACAAGUUUUAGAAGAAAUUGUGAAACACGUUAGACAGAGCAUUGGUCCCGUGGCUGCUUUCCGGAAAGCGGUGUUUGUCAAACAGUUACCCAAAACCAGAUCUGGCAAAAUUCCCCGCUCGGCUCUCUCUGCCCUUGUCAAUGGCAAGCCAUACAAGGUGUCUCCUACAAUUGAAGAUCCUGGAAUUUUUGGGCACAUAGAAGACAUGCUAAAGCAGGCUUCAUGACUUUUUUUCUUCUUUUCUAAUUGGAGUAAGUUUUUAGAAUUACUUCCCAGAAAUAGAUAUUGAAAUAGAAAUAAUAUGCAAACUGAAAUGUAAAUUGUAGGGCUUAGUCUAAAAAAAUGUACUUGUAGACUAAUAAGACCUCUGCCUUCUGUUUGAUGAGCCCAAUGAGCAGUCAGCAGUUGCGUGUACCAUACUCAUUAUAUAGAUUUUCCAGAACUUCCAUUUAAGAAAAAUAUACCCAAUGUGUGAUUUUUAUAAAUUGUAACCCCCACCCCCCACCAAAAACGUGACACUAAUAUCAAGCCUCUUCCUGAAAUUAGGACUCUGCAGCUUUGAUCCAAGACCUAAACCUCAAGUUGAAGUCAGAAAACAGUUAUUAUUUUCUUAUAGAAGUUCUGAGUAUCUUUGAAUAUUCUUGAGAUGCCCACAAGCUUGGUUAUUUUAAAUGGGUGAAAUGGGAAGUUCCAGAUAAUCAUUGAGACAGGAUUUUCUAGGUAGGAGAAUUUGUCUCCUCACACAUCCUGAGGGAAGGCUGCGUACAAAGGUGCAGCUCUCUUGAGCCCUGUGUCACUUAGUCAAGGGAGGUCACAGGCCUGGUAGACAGCAGAGAGGUCGGUUAAUCCUAGCUCUUAGUCAUGCAGAUGAGGCCUCUCUGAAGCCCCUCUUACUCUUUCAGGUUCAGAGUUGACUGUAUGCUUUGUAAUGAUCUCAACUUCUUUUGGAAAAAAGGAAAUGAUGUAGAAAUGGGUAAACUGUCAAGGAAAGCUCUUAAGGAAAAAAUGUAAAAUUUUUUACAUUGUACAUAUGCUAAAGACCAGGAGGAGUUUUAAGAGAAACCAAAAUUCCAGAUUUUAUGUGAAAUCUCUAAUUUUAAAAUAACUCACUGAAAAAAAGUUGUCACAUCCAAAGCACAUCUUUCUAUUUAAACUUUUGUAAAAUUAUUGAGCAUUAAAAAAUAACUAGAAAUGAGUCUUUGUGCCAAUUAACCAGAGUAUAUACAGAUAAUUAAAUAUUUGGUUUACUUAGGGUUCUACAUGGUAUCAGUUGUUAAAGAAUACAUUCAAACUAAAAAAAAAA